UUCGAGAUCGAGAGAGAGAGAGAGAGAGAGAGAGACUGCAGAGAUUGAGAUGUGACGUCGCCGCGCAAAGUUCCCAUCAACGCAAAAAUGGAGCAAUUCAAAGGCCAACCUCGCCUCCCUAAGUUCGCGUCACCGAAGCGAUACGACAUAAGGCUGAAACCGGACCUCGCCACCUGCAAAUUCUCCGGCUCCGUUGCCAUCGACCUCGACAUCGUCAGCAAGACCAAAUUCAUCGUCCUCAACGCCGCCGACCUGUCGAUCCAGAACGAGACUGUUUCCUUCACCCACAAAGCGUUCUCCUCCUAUUUGAGGCCGGCACCAGGAAGAACCAGUCCGGUUCUCGGCUCAGCACCAUCGUCAUCUUCAACGAUUCUCUCUCUCUUCCCUUCGGCUGUUCUGAAUUAUCUGUGGCAAUGGUGGCAACGACUGUGGACCUGGUUUUUUAGCUUUCCGACACUUGAACGAUUCCGCACCAAGGUGUUUGAGCCUUGUAAAGUUGACUUGGUUGGGGAAGAUGAGAUAUUGGUUUUGGAGUUCCCCGAGACUCUGCCUACUGGGAUUGGAGUUUUGGCUAUCGAUUUUGACGGAAUUCUUAAUGAUGAGAUGAAAGGGUUCUACAGAAGUACUUACGAGCACAAUGGAGAGAAGAAGAAUAUGGCGGUUACUCAGUUUGAGCCAGUUGAUGCUCGGCGAUGCUUUCCAUGUUGGGAUGAGCCUGCAUGCAAGGCGACGUUCAAAAUUUCUUUAGAUGUGCCGGCUGAUCUGGUAGCUCUCUCCAACAUGCCCACGGUUGAUGAAAAGGUGGAAGGACACGUUAAGACGGUAUUUUAUCAAGAAUCACCCAUUAUGUCAACAUACUUGGUCGCGGUUGUCGUUGGGUUAUUUGACUAUGUUGAAGAUCAUACAUCUGAUGGAGUAAAGGUGCGGGUAUACUGUCAAGUCGGGAAGCAAAAUCAGGGAAAAUUUGCCCUAAAUGUUGCUGUCAAGACGCUUGAAUUCUACCGAGAAUACUUUGCUGUGCCAUACUCUCUUCCGAAACUGGAUAUGAUUGCUAUCCCAGAUUUUGCUUAUGAUGCCAUGGAAAAUUAUGGUUUAGUUACUUAUCAUGAAACAGCUCUACUCUAUGAUGAGCAGCACUCGGCAGCAGCUAACAAGCAGAGGGUCUCAAUAGUUGUUACCCAUGAACUGGCUCACCAGUGGUUCGGUAACCUUGUUACCAUGGAGUGGUGGACUCAUCUGUGGCUAAACGAGGGAGUUGCUACUUGGGUGAGCUAUUUGGCUACUGAUCGCCUUUUUCCUGAGUGGGAAUCAUGGACUCAGUUCCUUCAAGAAUCUGUUGAAGGGCUGAGACUGGAUGAGCUUGCUGAGUCACACCCAAUCGAGGUGGAGAUUAACCCUGCUGGCGAGAUCGGUGAAAUCUUCAAUGCAAUAAGCUAUAGAAAGGGUGCAUCUGUGAUCCGGAUGCUUCAGAGCUAUCUUGGUGCUGAAUGUUUUCAGAGAUCACUAGCUGCGUACAUAAAGAGGCAUGCUUGCUCAAAUGCAAAGACAGAGGACCUCUGCACUGCACUCGAGGAGGGAUCAGGCGAACCCGUGAACAAGCUAAUGAAUUCAUGGACCAAGCAGAAAGGAUACCCUGUGGUUUCCGUCAAAAUCAAUGAUAACAAGUUAGAGUUCGAACAGUCACAAUUUUUGUUAAGCGGUUCCCAUGGGGAUGGACAGUGGAUUGUGCCAAUAAUAUUUUGUUGUGGCUCGUAUGAUGCGUGCCAAAGUUUUCUGUUGGAAACAAAAUCCGCAUCUAUUGAUUUAGAGGAAAAUGAAGCAUGGAUAAAAGUUAAUGUCGACCAGACGGGAUUCUAUAGGGUAAAGUACGACGAGGAUCUUCAAGCCGAGCUAAGAUAUGCCAUAGAGACUAAAAUGUUAUCUGCAACAGACAGAUUUGGUAUACUGGAUGAUUCCUUUGCUCUUUGUAUGGCUCGCCAGCAGUCCUUAACUUCUUUGCUCACUUUAAUGGCGGCUUACGGAGAAGAACUUGAUUAUACUGUGUUAUCGAAUUUGAUAAGUAUAAGUUACAAAAUUGCAAGAAUUGCUGCAGAUGCUACCCCUGAAUUGGUGGAUUCCAUAAGACAUUUUUUCAUCAUUCUUUUCCAACACUCUGCAGAGAAGCUUGGUUGGGAGGCCAAAGAGGGUGAGAGUCAUUUAGAUGCUAUGUUGAGAGGACAAAUUUUAACCGCCCUAGCAAAGUUCGGAGAUGAACCCACACUGAGGGAAGCUAGCAGGCGCUUUCAUGCAUUCUUAAAUGACAGGAGCACACCUCUCCUUUCUCCUGACAUCCGAAAGGCAGCCUAUGUGGCUGUGAUGCAAACCGUGAAUGCGUCAAACAGAUCAGGUUUUGAAUCUUUGCUGAGAGUCUACGAAGAGACUGACCUGAGCCAGGAGAAAACUCGCAUUUUAGAGUCAUUGGCCUCUUGUCCAGAUCCAAAUAUCUUCCUUGAAGUGCUCGGCUUCAUACUGUUUUCUGAGGAUCGCAGUCAAGAUGCUGUCUUUGGGCUUGCAGUUUGCUGGGAAGGACGCGAAACCGCUUGGAAUUGGCUGAAGGAAAAUUGGGAGUACAUUGCAAAAACAUGGGGUUCUGGGGUUCUCAUCAGACGGUUUGUCAGUUCAAUUGUCUCACCGUUUGCAUCAUUUGAGAAAGCCAGGGAAGUGGAGGACUUCUUUGCAACCCGCUCGCAGUCUUCCAUUGCAAGGACACUGAAGCAGAGCAUCGAGCGGGUGAACAUCAAUGCACACUGGGUUCAAAGCAUUCAGAACGAAGAAAAUAUUGCCGAGACGGUGGAUGAGCUGUUAUAUGGGUAGAGCUAGGAUUCUCUUUUUUAUGGUUUGAUGCUUAAUGGUUUGUAAGGAAAACAUUUAAAGUGAUAUUUUAUCCUUGUCUAUGCUUAACUUAUCUCAAUAUUUGUGAAUGUAAUAAACAUGCUCAUGCUUCAAGUG